AUGGCUCCCUUCAUCGCCUUAUUCACCGGCCUUUGUGGCUUCAAGCAAAAAACUCGGCCAUUGGGAACGAUCGGGUCGGGGAACCAAUCAUCUCCUCUUGAGACCACAGAAAGAGAACAAACAUGGAAUGACUUCCAGAACAAGGAAAGCGAUGACUUGCAGAACAAGGAAAGCGAUGAUCAAGAUACUAAUGCAUUUAACGACUAUGAUAGUGACACAAACUCUGAGCUUCCGUUGCCUCCAGCGAGAAAAGGAGCGUUACGUGGAACAUAUUCGUGUAACAACAUGGUGUUAAGAAGAUCUUUGUCUACUAAGAAGAAACUGAGCGCGAGCCUAACGAUCCAAAUGCCGAGAUCAUUGUCCAUGGUCCUUAAACGUGCCGUUGAGGAGGAUAAAUCUGUGAGGAAUAAGAAACUGAAGGCGGAGAAUUCGAUUCUGAUACGUCCAAUUAUACUUGGAGAGAGAUGUAGGGUUCUUGAUGCGGAAGAAGGAGAUGAAGAACAUAGCCAAAGAAUGCCAAAGAACCGAAUAUAUCGUCCUAGAUCCAUGAGUUCGAUCUCGAUUUCGAGAACUAACUCGAACAUCGAUAUGAAUGCAAUUCCCGUAGAAGUAACAUCAUCAGAAGACUCAGUGAAAAAGAAGGAAAAUAAUUAUUAAACAAAAGAUCUAAUAUUAUGAUAUCUAAAAAGAAUCCGAAAUGAAUUAGCUUCAGGGUGUAUCCCAAGAUUAGGGGUUAAUUGUUAAAUCUCAUGAAUCAGAGUGACAUCAUCGUGAAAAAUUCGAUGAAGAGUGAUAUCAUCAAUUUAAUUUGAAG